AUAAAGAAAUAUGGCGGUCACAACAUUGGUGUUGAAUAGUGCUGAAAUGUAAAGGUAAUAAAAUUGCAUUCAUACUAAUUCGUCAGAAUUAGUGAAGUAUAUCGAAAUGACGGAUAAAUGCUGCAAAUGUAACUUGCCAAAAGAAGCCCCAAAAUCGCAGCCCGGAUCAGCAUCAUUUCGAUACAUUUGCCGCCUGUGUUUGAUGCGUGCGGAAGACACGGAGCCUAUUUUUAUCCACCCCGGGGACAGUACAUUGGCCAACAAAAUCUUAGCCUGCACCGGUGUACAGGUUGACGAAAAUGCAGCAGUUGGUCCGAAUUCCAUUUGCAUGUCAUGUAAGACAUCGGUUUACAAAAGUUUUCAAUUUCUGGAACUUUGCCAACGCAACAAUAAGAUAAUACAGAAUCUACUAGCAAGUCACAACAAGACUGGGAACGGGGAUCCUCCAAGUAACGAGUUACGCAUGGUCAUUCGCUCCACACCUGUAGUAACACAUCCUAAGUUGGUACACAAUAGAAAACGAACUGUAUCAAGGCGCAAGUCAACUCGUAGCAAUUUGGAAUUGUCGACAAGUGCAAGCGAUAUCACUUGGAGUGAUUGUGACACUGACGAACAGGGUGAAGACGAAGUUGAUGAAGUUCUUCCAUUCCGACAAACGGCCUACGAAACCGAUACACAAGAUGAUUCACCAAAAAGGCAAAGAUUAAGUUUAAGCGAAAAUAAAGUUCCCACAUUAGUUAUACCAAUUACACGCUUAAAUGGAAGAAUUGUGCAAAAUUCACCUCGGACUGUAUCAGAUGGACGAACAUCGCGUGCCUCAACGGUUGAUCCGGUUGGUGAAAAUGAUUUAUUCCAGUGCGAAUUCUGCGAAGGAUCUUUCCCCUACCGUAUUCAAAUAAGACAGCAUAUAGAUAUUUACCACGCUGAUCGAAAGCACGAAUUGGCGUGUAAAUUUUGUUCGAAAGCCUAUUUUACCACUGAUACACUCCGUAAGCACAUCGCACAGAAACAUCCAUCAUCCGUAAUGUUAGAAUGUAAAGUGUGUCAACGGUCAUUCGCUAGUCCGCAAGGAUUACAUCAACAUUACCGUUCACUUACCCACAGAGCAGCUACUGGAGAAGCUGUCUAUCCACGAAGACGGUCUUCGUAUAUUAGUAAUAACAACCGCCGCCCAUCUUGUAAUUCGGAAUUCGAUGACUAUCAGCCAGAUAGAAAUCGAUCACGUAGGAAAUCGUCCCAAACGCGAAGCAUAUUUGAUGACGAUUACAAUCCUUAUGCAAACGUAUGCUAUGAUGAAGUAGCAACAUACAAGUGCGACUAUUGUGAUGUCCGCUUUGAUGAUAGACAGAGUCUAGCAAAGCACAUCGGUGUUCGACCGUGCCGCGUGGAGUUGGAACCUCUCGAUCUGGAUCUACUUUUGGAGAAAAUGGAUCUGGACGAACUUCUCAGACCGAUCAACAAUGGCGACGAAGUUGCAAUAAUCGAGCCACCCAUCGAAAUAGUCGACCUUACGUAGCAUACCGCUAUCCACAGUGAUCAUUCAACAGCAAAGCGUCUAAUCUUACGAAUCAAAUUUACCAAAAAUCCUACACACUGCAAUCUCUAAGAAAUAUGAAUUAUAUUUUUCCAUGUAGUUAUAAGCAAAUAUGCGUAUUAGAAGUCAUAUAUUUUUCAAUCAAAACUAUUAUGCAUUUUUAGUGCUAGUAGAGAUAUCGAUCAUUCGUUAAAAUAAGAGAAAACUUAAAUUGUCAAAUUUUUAAUUAGAAAACAUUCGAACUGAAUGUUUUCUCUAUGGUUCAUGUUGAAAUGACAAAAAAAACCUAAUAUUUAUUUGAAUUGAAUGGUUUCAAUAAAGAAAUGUACGACAAAAUAGGUGGGUCCAAAGGAUUUUG